AUGUCAAUCUCAGACCAAGCAAACCUACUCCAUCUCAAAAUGAGAGAUUUAGGUAAUAAUAAAUUAUUUUCACAAUCUGAAUUACAAAAUCUACUAGGUACCACCACCAAAGAAUCAGAAUUAAUGAUGUAUUUACAAGAAUUAAUGAAUAAAAAAUUAACUAAAUUAUCUAAGCAAGGUGAUGAAAUUAAAUUUCAAGCUAUUAGUUCAGAAGAUGCUGCAAAAGUAUUUAGUAUGAAUAAUGAUGAAGCUAUGAUUUACGAACACAUUGAAGCUUCGGGUAGGGAAGGUAUAUGGACAAAAACAUUAAAAGCAAAGACAAACUUACAUCAACAUAUUGUCUCCAAAUGCUUAAAGUCCCUUGAGUCAAAUCGAUAUAUUAAAGCAGUCAAAUCUGUAAAAUAUCCAACUAGAAAAAUAUAUAUGUUAUAUAAUGUUCAACCAAGUAUUGAUGUUACUGGUGGUCCAUGGUUUACUGACUCUGAAUUAGAUACUGAAUUUAUAGACACGUUGGUGGAAGUAAUAUGGAGAUUUAUUGCAAAUAAAACAUUUCCAAAACUGGAUGAUAAUAAUCCAGUUCAAACAAGUUAUAUAUCACAACAUCCAGGUGUUGAUUUAGAUGAUGUUACAAAUAUGAUUAAUCAAUCUAAAGUGUCAUCUAUUGAACUUGGAGUUAGUGAUAUAAGAUCAUUAUGUGACGUUUUAAUAUUUGAUGAUAAGAUUGAAGAAAUUACAACUGGGGUAUUUAAAGCUACAUGGCAAAGCGUAAUUGAAAAGGGAUUGAAUAAGGAUAUUAAAGAUUUGCAUAUUCCACGUGAGACUAUGGAGUAUCUUUUAUCUAAUCAAUCUUAUUCUAUAUUUGAUUAUAAAUCAACUAUUGAAGAUUUAAAUGAGGAACUGGAUUUAAUAUAUUUAGAUAGUUGGAUUAAUGAAUAA